CAAUCCAACACAGACGGAUUCAUUGCAGCAACGACCGAUUUAGCAUUCAAAUUGUUAGCUGUUGUUAGGCUAAUGAUGCCCCGGAGAGAAGUAGAGUCACAGUCACAGUCCUCCUUUUUGAUCUCUGCAGGGUGUGUGCAGAAAUUGCAUCCUAAGACGCCUGCAGCAUGGCAGGUCAGGGUUCCAUUCCUGAAGGCAACUGCAGUGACACUUUGCCUUUGUCUGAAGACUUUUUUAGAGACAUAAGCAAUGUGGAACUUGGGUUUGUCAUCGUAUGUGGUGUUCUGACAGCUGUCACUCUGGCGUUGUAUGUGGAGAAGAUUUACUUUGUGCUUACGCAUUACCAUACAAAGGCAUCUGUGAUACACCGCGCUAUACAGAUUCUGGGCACCUCACCGGUGGUGUCCUUGUCCGCCAUGCUGGCAAUCAUCAUCCCCCGUGCAUCUCUGGUCUCAGACUUGGUGGGAACUGUUUACAUUGCUUGGGCUCUGCACAACUUCACUUUGCUGAUGGUAGAUUUUGCUGGCGGGGAGGAACGAGUCCUGGAACAGCUCAGCGGUCAGUUUAUACAGCUGCAGUCUCCUCCUUGCUGCUGUUGCUGCCCCUGCUUGCCGAAAGUUGACAUCACCAGAUCAUCAUUGCGUAACCUCCGCCUUCUGGUACUACAGACUGCACUGGUGCAGCCUGUUCUAGCUUUCCUGUCUGUGAUACUGUGGUUGGAUGAGAAAUACAUGAAGGGAGUGAUCAAGGCUGACAACGCAUACCCGUAUCUUGCCUUCCCCAACGCAGUUUCAACCCUCCUUGCCAUGUACGGCCUAUUGCUUAUGUUCCGCUCAUCGCAUCAGAUCCUCCUGCCCCUUCAGCCUCGGGCCAAGAUGGUGGUGCUGCAGCUAUGUCUGAUCGUGCAGAACCUGCAGGGUUUCGUGUUCGUUACCUUACAAAAGAACGACAUCCCAGUAUGCAAAGGGAUCCUCUCAUCCAAGGUUAGAGGAAGAGCACUGAUGCACAUGCUAGUAGUGGUGGAGAUGUUUGCGUUGACCCUGAUGGCCCGCUUCUUCUACCGCCGACCUCACAGCAUGGACACAGCUGUUGUGCAGGUGGAUGGAUCAAAUGCUCCAUCCAUCGAGGUUUCACCGGUCGCUUCCCCUAACCAGUGCAGGCGCCAAGAAAAGUAUGGAGUCAAUUCUUGUGCUGACCCCAGUACUCCACAACCGUCACUGUCGACAUCACAGAGAGAAAAUCUUGCCUUUGAAGAUGAUCGUGAUUAAAUAUUAAGAGGAAAUGUGUAUUGGAGAUGGAAUAGAAAUGAUCAAAGUAGAUAUGAACAAGCAUGUUUUGACAAACUAUUUUUGGAACAAAUGUGUCUUUUAGGUAUGUGGCUAUAUUAUGUUCAAAUACAUAAGAUCAACUGAGAUGAAGUGAAAGAGAAACUUUAUUCGCAUCUUCAGGAGUAAAAGAUGCAAAACAAGCACAUGUUUUUGAAGAACAAAAAUAACCAAGAAUAUGUUCAAAGUUAUUUCUGCCAUCACAGCUUCAUGUAAAUUAAUAAUUUUCACCUACUUGUACCUGCCAAAAAUGUGGGAUCGACACAUGAAUAUAGCAAAAAUGAAUGGUUUAGUUCAAACUUGCACUCCAUAACGUAAACUUCAUUUGUUUGCAGGGUACAGCAUCAUCAUCAUCAAUGCCUUUCACCCCUUGCAGGGUAUAGGCAACAUAAAAGCUCCUUCCAUUUAUCUCUAUCCUGGGCCAUCCUUCCUCGCUCGUUCCAAGUGAGCUUCAUCUCUCUC